AAGUUCAAACUCCAACUCCAACUCAAGCAUAUAAACAUACCAACCUCAUAAUAUCUAUUUCCAUUAUACCCACAAUGAAGUUCCUCACCCAAGCCAUCCUCGCAGCCCUAGCCUGCACUCCCGCCCUGGCCGCCCCCGCCAAAACCAAGUCCAUGAUGAUCAAGGAAUCCGAAUGGACCAUCGAGAGCCUCAAGCGCGAGUGCAACGACGACGACUCCAAGUGCACCUGGACCUUCGGCAUCAACCCAGGCAGCGGCGCCACCGACUGCACCUACGAGGUCGAGGGCAGCCCUGCCUCCGAGGCCAACGGCGGCCCUGUCAACUGCGGCCCCUACACCAUCACCUCUGGCUGGAGUGACCAGUUUGGCCCUGAGGAAGGAUUCACCACGCUCUCUGUUGUUAAAGAGGAGACGCGUGAGAUUGUCUGGCCUGCGUACACUGAUAAGCAGGUUGAUGGUGGGGAGGUUGUUGUUCCGGACCAGAGCUACACGCCCCAGAUUCUUCCUUGAACAACCGAACAAUUCUUGAUUUGAUUUAAUGAUAUGUCUCUUUUUGUCGGCUGAGAUUAUAUACGGUGUACUGCUUGGUUGCAUUGUACUUACUCUCCUUCAUUCUGGGCGCCGGGAAACGCUGUAACGAAUAAAUAUUAUAUAGUACACGGCAUUUUAUGAAUAAACACUAGUCAGGCUAUGAUAAAAUGGUUUAAAUGGUUAAUAUUGGUGACAUCAGCCAAGUUUUUAAUUUAUAUCCCUGUUACCAAGCAAGUAGGGCCGGAGUAUUUCCCGCGGUG